GUCUUGACCAUUUCUCUAUAUUAAAAAAAAAAAGAUUCUUUAACCAUAAACUUGGCCUAUAAAAAGAAACCCAUUCUUUCAAGUUUCAAACUCACACAAAACAACACAACACAAGUCAAAAAAAUAAAAACUCUCUAUAACUUGCUUAGCUAUCAUAAUAUGAACUCUCUUUUAUUUCUUUUCAUCUUUAUCCUCCCUUCUUUCACAACUUCCACCAUAUUAUUUCAGGGGUUCAAUUGGGGGUCAAGUGAGAAAGGAGGAUGGUACAAUUCUUUGAAGAACACAAUUUCUGAUCUUUCUGCAGUUGGAAUAACCCAUGUUUGGUUACCACCUUCUUCUCAAUCUGUUGCUCCCCAAGGUUAUAUGCCUGGAAGGCUAUAUGAUUUGGAUGCAUCAAAAUAUGGUACUAAAGAGGAAUUGAAGUCACUAAUUUUGGCUUUGAAGCAAAAAGGAAUAAAAAGCAUAGCAGACAUAGUCAUAAAUCAUAGAACAGCUGAAAAGAAAGAUCAAAGACGAAUAUAUUGUAUAUUCGAAGGCGGUACCCCAGACGAUCAUCUUGAUUGGGGCCCUUCCUUCAUAUGCAAAGAUGAUACCGCCUACUCUGACGGCACAGGAAACCCUGACACAGGAGCCGAUUUCGGGGGUGCUCCCGAUAUCGACCAUGUCAACCCGAGAGUUCAGAAAGAACUCUCGGAUUGGAUGAAUUGGAUGAAAUCCGAGAUUGGAUUUGUCGGGUUUCGAUUCGAUAUGGUCACGGGUUACGCGCCAAAAUUUACUAAAAUUUAUAUGGAGCAAACAAUGCCAGAGUUUGCAGUUGGAGAGAAGUGGGAUCCACUUGCCUACGGGCAAGAUGGAAAACCUAAUCUAAACCAGGACGCCCAUCGAGGCGCCCUGGCAGAUUGGGUUGCGUCAGCUGGUGGGGCCGUGAAGGCGUUUGAUUUCACAACUAAGGGAAUCUUACAGGAUGCAGUGAAAGGGGAGUUGUGGCGGUUGAAAGACUCAAAUGGAAAGCCACCAGGCUUGAUAGGAAUAAAGCCAGAAAAUGCUGUGACAUUUAUUGAUAAUCAUGAUACUUGGUCCCAACAAAUUUGGCCAUUUCCAUCUGAUAAAGUCAUGUUGGGUUAUGUUUACAUUUUCACUCACCCUGGAACUCCAUCUAUUUUUUAUGAUCACCUAAUUGAGUGGGGGCUUAAGGAGCAAAUAAGCAAGUUAAGUAGAAUUAGAGGAAGAAAUGGUAUAAAUAUGAAUAGUAAUGUGAAGAUAUUAGCUGCAGAAGGUGAUCUUUAUAUGGCUGAAAUUGAUGAGAAGAUUAUUAUGAAAAUAGGCCCUAAAAUGGAUUUGGGUAACCUUUUGCCUUCUUCAAAUUACUACAAAAUUGCCACUGAUGGUCAAGACUAUGCAGUUUGGGAGAAGAAGUAGACUAGCUAUAAUAUAUUCUACUACUUAUUUACAUAUAUAGUAUACUCAAUAAAAAAGAGAAGAAAAAAUUUAUCUUGUUCUUCUUCAUUUGGGUUCAAACCAACAUUUGAAGCAAAUCAGAUUCAUACCCACUUGAUCAAAUCAGGUGCUGAUCAAUUUAUGCACCUCAGUACUGCUCUUCUUGAUUUUUAUAUGAAAUUGGGUUGUUUGACAUUUGCACAGAAGGUGUUUGAUAAUAUGCCUCAAAGAGAUGUUGUCUCUUGGAAUGCUUUAAUUUGUGGAUUUUCGAGAAAUGGGUAUCAUUUCGAUGCGUUUGAUCUCUUUGUUCAGAUGUGUAGAGAGGGAUUUAGUCCUUGUCAUACGACUUUGGUUAGUUUGGUUCCGUCUUGUGCUAGACAUGAGUUGAUAUUUCAGGGAAGAACCAUUCAUGGGUUCGGGAUUAAGUCUGGACUCGAUUCGGGUUCUCAGGUGAAGAACGCGCUUACCUCUAUGUAUGCGAGAUGUGCGGAUUUGGAAGCUGCUGAAUGCUUGUUUGAGGAGAUUGUUGAAAAGAGUGUGGUUUCUUGGAAUACCAUGAUUGGUGCCUAUGGACAAAAUGGUUUCUUUAAUGAUGCAAUGCUUUGCUUCAAACGAAUGAGGGAGGGAAAUGUCGAAGCAAAUGAGGUUACCAUGGUGUGUCUCCUAUCAGCAAAUGCUAAUCCAGAAUUUACACAUUGUUUUGUGAUUAAAACUGGUCUAAUCAACAAAUGUUCUGUAAAUACUUCGCUUGUUUGUGAGUAUGCAAGACGUGGCGAUUCGAAAUCAGCAGAAGUGCUUUACAAGUCAUUACCUCAGAGAAACUUGGUUCCCUUAACUGCAAUUCUAUCUAGCCACGCGGAGAAUGGUAACAUGUCAUCUGUGAUGGAAUGUUUCGCUCAAAUACAGCAGUUAGACAUGAAACCGGAUGCAGUUACUAUGGUUAGCAUUCUCCAUGGGGUUACUGACCCUUGUCACUUCGGAAUUGGACUUGCCUUCCACAGUUAUGGGAUCAAGAGUGGAUUGAGUAUCGAUAAUCUUGUUGCGAAUGGGUUGAUAAGCAUGUACUCAAAGUUUGACCACAUCGAAGCUGCCUUUUCGUUGUUUUUUGAUAUGCAUGAAAAGCCAUUGAUUAGUUGGAAUUCUUUGAUUUCUGGCUGUGUUCAGUCUGGAAAGGCAACUGAUGCUUUUGAGGUUUUCUGUCAAAUGAAGAUGCAUGGACACGGUCCAGACGCCAUCACUAUUGCUACUUUACUAUCUGGGUGUGGACAACUUGGACACUUGCAAUUCGGGGAGAGACUUCAUAACUAUGUCUUGAGAAACAACAUAGAAGUUGAGUCUUUCGUCGGAACUGCUCUUAUUGACAUGUACACCAAGUGUGGAAGAAUAGAACGUGCUGAAAAUGUGUUUAAGAGCAUCAAAGAUCCGUGCUUGGUGACAUGGAACUCAAUGAUUUCGGGUUAUAGCUUAUAUGGUUUUGAACAUAAAGCUCUUUCUUGCUUCUCCGAAUUACAGGAACAAGGGCUAAAGCCAGAUCACAUCACCUUUUUGGGUGUUUUAGCUGCCUGUACUCAUGGAGGUCUUGUUGAUGAAGGAAGAAAAUAUUUCGAAAUUAUGAGAAAGGAAUUCAAUGUAAUGCCAGGGCUGCAGCACUAUGCUUGCUCGGUAAGUCUGUUAGGUCGCGCAGGCUUGCUUGACGAGGCAUUGAUACUAAUCAAAGACAUGAAGAUAAAACCUGAUUUUGCUGUGUGGGGAGCUUUGCUUAAUGCUUGUUGCAUCCAUCAAGAGCUCAAAAUCGGGGAGUACUUGGCUAAGAAGUUAUUUCUCUUGGACAACUCGAGUGGGGGAUUCUAUGUUUUGAUGUCGAAUCUUUAUGCUACUAAAGGAAAGUGGGAUGAAGUAGCCAAGGUGAGGAAGAUGAUGAGAGAAACUGGAGGUGAUGGUUGUUCUGGUAUUAGUGUUAUUGAGGUCAAUUCAUUGUAAUACAAGAAUACAACUUUCUCAAACGAUACCAAGACGGGUAAUUCUCAGUCUCAAUAUCCAACUGGAGAAGAGCUGUUACUGCUACAAGAUAGUCCUCAAGGACAUUCCAUUAUGGAUAAUCGCUCCAUGCUCGGAAAAUAGGCAGAUGCUGAUUCACCUCAUGCCCCACAGGUUAUAGCAAAUCCCCAUUUGAUGACAUUUGGAGUUGCUCUGCGUGUAGCGAGACUCGAAAGAGGAAUCUCAAUUUACCACUUUGGUACAAAGCUGGUGCAAUUAAAUAUGGAUUUGUCCAUCUAAUCUUGAUAGGGACGCCGUACAAUAAUGGCGAUGCUUGGCUUCUUUUUGUUCAAAUUUCAGUAGCUCAUGUUGGUCCAGUUGAUAAUCUUUUGGAUCAUUUCUAUGAUCUAUGAUCUAUGCCACAAAACUAUUAUUCAAAACCUUAGCUCUUGAUUUGAAUAUCUCCCAAGACCACAUUUUCCAUUACAACUUUUUUUAAUGUUUGAAUAGUCAUACUUUGUUGUACUCAUUUAUGACUAAUGAUUGUAAUACAAGUUGGUAUUAUUUUACAUAUAUUUGUUGUUUAAAGAA